UUUUCCAAUGAGCAUCCGCGCUCGAGUCACCCGAAACAAGUGACACCUCAUCUCUCCAGCGAGCCGCCAAGAUGGGGGAAGUAAAAACGCCCAGACAAUGGUUCUUGUGGAGCAUUGCGCUUGUUUACGUGUGUGCUUUUUCAUCCAUCUACGUUCAAAUACCAGGUUUGUAUGGAGACGAUGGUAUUCUCCCUGUGCGCCUGCAGAUGCCAAAAGUUCAGCGGCCCCUUCUGGAGCAGGAGUCCCUUCUUGGUCUGGGGCCAUCUCUGGGUCUGUCACCCCAGCAGGUCCUGGAGCUCACAUGCCUGGUCGGAGUGGCGCUGGCCCUGUGUGCUGUGCUGCUGGAGCCCCUGAGAGACAGUCUGAUCUACUUCUGCCUGCGGGUCCUCUACCUCUCACUCUAUAAUGUCGGUGGAGACUUCCUCCGCUCUGAAUGGGACGUGCUGCUGUUGGAGGCCGGGCUUCUGGCUGUGCUUGUUGCUCCGCUGAGUUUGCUGCGGCGUCACUCCUCUUACCGUUUUCAUGACCCUGUGAGCUUCUGGUUGACCCGCUGGCUGUUCUUCCGGCUGAUCUUCUGCACAGGUGUGAGUAAGCUGGCCAGCGGUGACCCUGCGUGGUACGACCUGUCAGCACUGAGUCAUCAUUUGGAGAACCAGAUGAACCCCACUCCUUUGGCCUGGUACGUCCAUCAGCUUCCUGAUUGGCUUCUGAGAUUCGGAGCAGUGAUUGUGUUGCAGAGCGAGAUCGUCAUUCCUCUUGUGACGUUCUUUGCUCCCAUUCGUCGCUUGAGGCUGUUCGGCUUUUAUGUUCAGCUGUUUCUCCAGCUCUGCUACAUCCUCACGGGUAACUGUAGCCUUCUGAACCUGCUGAGCAUCGCCCUAAGCUUCUCAUUACUGGAUGAUGAUUAUUUCCACUCUAAUACUAGCCCAAAGAAGAAGAAGGGCCAGGAAAAAAAGUCCAGAAACUGCGGACAGACCUUGGUCUCUUUCUUGAUGCUGCUGCUGGAGCUGGCUGUCUACCUGUUCAUCCUCUACUGUUUUAUUACUCUCUUUAAACUACAAGUUAACUGGGAAGAAAAAACUCUGUCAUCCAAAACAAAUUUCACUCAGCAGCGAUUCCAUGCGUUUCUGGAGGUUUUUCAGGAGCUCACUAUCUGGAUCGGUGUUCUGUCUUUCACCUGGGAAGCAGUGUCUGCCAUGCUAAAUUGCAUGUGCAGCCGAGGUAUUGUCAGCAAGCUCUGGUCUCUCAUUCAGUGGGCGCUCAUCACAGCAGUUACUGUGGUCGUCUUUGCUCUCAGUGUGGUUCCAUACACAUCCAUGGCUGGCAUGUCAAUUAGUAAAGUAUUACCUGCAGUUCGGGACGUGUACAGUGCUGUCGAGAGGUACCAGCUGGUCGGGGCAUACGGCAUCCAGCACAGAAUGACCCCUGCUGAGGGCAGGCCUGAGAUCGUUUUAGAGGGCAGCUAUGAUGGGCUGACAUGGACGGAAAUGAACUCUAUGUAUAAACCAGGAAAUGUGAACGCAGUCCCACCCAUAGUAGGCCCUCACCAGCCCCGGCUGGAGUGGCUGAUGUGGCAGGCUGCUCAAGGAGGGGAUGAUACAAGCCCCUGGUUCACAGGCCUCUUACAGCGCCUCCUACAGGGCAAACCAGAGGUGGUUCGUCUGCUUCAGGUGGAUGAAGCGCAGUACCCUUUCAGUCAGAAGCCACCAGUCUUUAUCAAAGCCAAGCUUUAUAACUACCACUUCACAGAUCCUGCGAAGGACAAGACCCAUCUGCAGUCUUGGUGGAGGCGGCAGUACAAAAAGGAGUUUUUUCCCAUUGUGAACCUCGAUGACCCGGCUCUCAAGAAACUCUUAGAUGAGGCUGGACUGAAGGAGAAAUCCCCCGGUCAGGCCAGCUCUGACACACCUGUAUCGCAAGCUGUGAGCCUCAUUCGAGAGCACGUCAAAGGCCUCUCGGGGUCCCUCGUGCUUUCAACGCUGUUAGCUACUUUAGCUGGAAUCUUCCUCAUCAAAGCUGUCUUAGGAAGCCGGAAACCUAGACCAGCACCAGCUGAUCACAAGACUCGGAAACCCAAGGAGCCCUCUCAGACAGCUGAGAAAAGCCAAGCGACAGCUCCGUCCAACCGGGGCGGCAAGAAGGACUCCAGCGAAAAAAAGAACUCGGACAGAGAGUCCCCCCGAAAGAGGAAAUGAGCUCUUACUGUCACUUUGUGCCUUUUGUCUUUGGCCAUAUGCAAUGACAAAUGAUUCUCUCUCAGGUGUAUUUUUUUUUUUUCUUUCUAAGAUCAAAUCUUUGAAUUCCUGCCCGUCACACACCUCAGAUUUGCGUGUCACCACUACCCCGUUUUAUCUCUUCGUGUCAAAACCACUUGGUCAAAUGCACAGUACUUUAUGUAAUUGGCUUUGAAUGUUAACAGAGUCCAUUUUUAAGCUGUCACCUGCAACACCCUUCUUUAUACACAAGUGGACGUCCCAAAGAUUACAACGAAAGCACAAAUGCAAUUUUUCAUGCUAUUUAACUCAUUAAAUGGUUGUUGAUAAGUUGUUA